AUGGCGUUCCUAUUUCAGAAGUUUCAGGAGGUAUUCCCAUCGUCCCGUCUCUGAGGAACUCAAGCAUUCACUCUUUUCUCAGGUCACUUCGAGUUUGUUCCAGAUGGUUUUUCAUACUUUUAACUGUAUCAGAUAAGAGAAAUGCCCUGAUUGUCAUGAAAAAUACUUAUACGUAAAUCUUAGCAGGAUAUGCAUAUUACCUUCUCUGUGUUUUUUAGCAACACGAUACAGUCGUCUCAAUGUAAGGAUGGUGGACCGAUAUUUUUUUCUGGAAAAUCUUCAGAGUGGUACAUUUAUACUUGCAUAGGCCAUUUUUUCAGAUUUGUUAUGUUCGUACUGUUUCAUUUCAGGCAGUCAGAACCCUCGCUAAGAGCCCGACCUUUGCCAGAGAUCCAAGGCAUCUCCAAUUUGAGGCUGACGUCAAUCGAUUGUUUCUUUACACCAGGUCAUUAGAGAUAGAGAAAUAUUAUGUGAUGUCAAGACUUCGUUGCUAAUUUGUUUUUCCUAUACUCGACAUUAUCCAUCUGCUGAAACCAUGGAUUCUUCGUUCUGUUUGGGGCUAUGGCGGUUAUUGAACAGACUGCAGAUUCCAUCAUUUCACUGGGGUUUUUUUCACUAAUUUUAUUUAUUCGCAAUACUGGGUGAAAUAUGUCAGUUCACUUUAUUCGCAACACAUUCGGUUUGUCCACAAGCUGGUGAGGGAUUUUUGGUCUUCAGAUGAUUGAAUGGUAUGAGAUAGUACUGUAUUUUGAGAUAUUCGGCCCAUGAUGUUCAUACCUUUUGUGUCCAUGUCGUUAUUUUCCAGAAAUGAUUAAGCUUCAAUGCUUAUUUUUCAUUUUUGAUUUUUGGGUCGAUUUUCCCAUUAGCUAUCAUCAAUUAACCCGGAUUUCAAUUGAAAAAACUUUGGGCACUGCAAUCGUCCCAAUGCUGGAAAUGGGAUUCGAGGGAACAAAGGAAAUUUUGUAUAAAGAUCUGGGAAAUGAAUUUCUUGAGCUGUUUCAUUUCAUGGGAUCAGAAUUUAUUGUGAACAAAAAAAUAAUCUUAACAAGAGACAUUGUCAGAAGUUAAUGGUUUUAAACCGGAAAAUAAUCUUUGAUGUCUGAAAACAUUACUUUGUAUAACAGUUUGAACUGGAUGUGCUAAUGUUAUGGCUGAUGAUGACGCUUUUGAAAGCCAAAAAUGUGCUGAACUUGAGGUACAGUUAAAGAUAGAAAUCUAUCCCCAUGUUUGUGUUCUUGUCCGUUAGGGUUCCAUUCCUACUUCGCAAGGUCACCCCUAUCUAAGUGUUGAUCCUCAUUUCCGAGGCACAGAGAAAGUUUCUUAUCGAGCCAUUUUGGCUAUCUGGGCCUAGAUAUGCCUCUAUGGCUGAUACAUUGGGAAACCUUAGAAGAUUUUUACUAUAUCCGAGGAAGAUUUUGAGGGAUCCAGGAUCCAUCUCAAGUGUUAAUCUUAUGAUUGUGCUGGGAUAGAAUUAAAAGCUUGGCCUUCCUAUCAGAUGCAAGAGAUCAGUUCAUUAGCUCCGCAGUUAUUUUUUGUCCUUAAUCCGUGGAAAGUGGAUCCCCAGGCAGGGAGUUCAACUUCACUUUUUCGUAUCCUUCAGUGGAGAUACUCACCAAAGAGGUAAUGUGUGGUAAUGCGUGUAAUAUUGCAUCAGGGGUGCUCCUCAGUUCAGUAGGCACAGAAAAAUAUUUACAAUUCCUUGGUUUACUGGUUCGCUGCAGUGGGUUGUUUUUAGGGCUAUGCUGCAAAUAAUAUCAUAAGCAGAACAGAGUAUGAGGUACAGAGCAUCUUUAAUGGCGUUGAUGCCUUCAAGUAGCAAGACCGUCAGCCUUGUGUAAUAUUGCUCUCCUUUUUUUUUUCCCCCUCCGUUGUCUUCUUUUGUCCCCUUUGUGAGAGGGAGUCUUUUACAUUGAAGGUGAACGGAUAGAGUCUGUAACAUCAAAACCGAAUGGACUCCAUCACUGGAAAGGAAGGCACUCGACCCAUGGGUGAGAGAUAACUCACCCAUUUUGAUUGUAGCUGACCUUACGUCCAUAUAACAUGCAUUGUCCCCAAUCAUGCAGUGUGCCAUAAAAAUCCGCCUAGCGGACAGAUGAACGAAAAAUCUUGCUUUGUAAAGCUUGUCUGUUGGUAAACUUUUGUGGUGUUCGUCACAUUCUCUCAUUGUAUGACUUCUGUUAAUUAUUAGCCCUUUAUCAGAACAACAGAAGGUCCUGAAUGCCACUAAAUUGCAGUUAUAAUCGACUGGGGAGGAAUGCUGAUGAGAAAGAUGCAGAGGAGAUCAUAGAGAUGGCUGCCAAAGCCUCUGUUGUCGAUCAGCAGAAACAAGUUCACGAGAAUGUACAUUCUCAGAUCAAGGUCUUGUGUGGUGCCAUGGACGACAUUCUUCUCCCAGAUUCAGACAGCGUUCCUGGUUUGGAUCAUUCAUCUGCAAUGUCCAACGGUUCUCCACGACGAAGUGGCCUCAGUUUGGCUGUUGGCAGGGCACCUAGACUCUCUCAACAACCUGGUAUGCACUUAGUGGAGCUGCUUGUCAUAUUUUUAUUUUUAGAUGUCAGAUUCUUAUGAACGUUACGAGAAGUUGAUAGUUGAGCUGCUGCUACUAUUUUUUCAAAAGCAGAUAAGACAAUAUAUUCAGGCUUUCUAUAUAUUUCUUUUAAUGUUACAUGCUCAUUACAGGAUUAGUUUCCCUACAAGAUCAAGAUUUCUGACUGAAAUUUUGUUAUUUUUCAUAUCUUCGUUUCUAUACAUUUGCGACUGUGUACAUGAUUUGCUUUCUAAGCAGUAAAAUAUUAUAAGGUUGAGGCUUGUAUGUGUCUUCGGAAAGAGCCAGUCCAUUAUCGAUAUAAUUUUCUUCUUUCUGUAACAAUGUGGAUAUCUGUUAACUAUAUAUUUAUACACAAUGGAUCAUUCGUCUUCCAGUGGUUUAUUUUUAAGUGAUUUCAGAUCUGAUGUUCUGUGCUUCUUCAGCUGUAAAUCCUCUGAAUUUAUAGGAUUUUCCACCGUAUCCGAUUCGGUCAACCUCAUUUAUUCUUGUCAACAGUUCCCUAUUAAAUAUUUCAUUGUAUUUUGGGUCUGCUGUGAGAGUAUCGUGAGAACUUUGUUCCUGCUUUUUAGCCCGACGCAUUUUCUUGAAUUUUUUAUUUUAUUUUAUAUUCAGGAAAUGCUCAUUGUUACAUAGAUUUUUUUUAUAUAAUUUAGGAUAAAUCCUCUCUUUUAAGACUAGGAUCCUCCUUGUAUCAAGUUUACGCGAGAAUGGGGUAUAGAUUUGCAGUCAGAUAUUGGUUUAUAGUCUCCCUUCAUAGUGGACUGACAGAUAUGGGUUCAUAUGAAUCCUGAACAGUAAUUUGUUGCCAACUAUAAUUGUAUGAUUCAUUCAAACUUUGCACUAAAUCAUACCAGAAUAUGGUUCUGUCAAGUUACUCCUAAUUUCACAGACUACUUUUGGCAAUCUGACAAGGUUGUUCCUCCCCCCUGAACCGAAAUGCUUGUGAUGUGCAAUUUUUUUCUUGCUUUAGCCAAGAAUUGGAAACAGAUUGAAAAAGAAAGUAAUUUUCUUGAUGACCGCUCUAAAUGCAAUGAUUUUUGUAGACCUGUAAGAUCCAUUUUUAUUUGGUUUUCUUGCAUUUUAGGCCUUUGACUUUAUUUCUGGACUCCUGUCAUGAACAGAACGAUCACAGGUUGCAUUAUGACUCCCAUAUACAUUUUCUGAAAAAAUAAAAAGCGUUGGUGAUUAGUCUAGACAAUGCACAGCUGAUUGUGCAUUCGAGUGCUUCAGAAGCCAAAUGUCUCUCAAGUCCGAUUCUUCCAAUAUCUGCGGAGUCACAUAUGGUUACAGAUGACUGUGCUGAUCACACCACGAACUUGCGAAAAAGUCAACUUGAGAGAAAAACACUGGCUCAUGAGAAACCCUAGUCCAAGCUCGUUGCUUUCGCAUCUCUCACACCAUUAAACUUCGUUUUGGUUGGAAAUCGCAUAAUUAAUCUUGUGCUGAUUCUAAAUGGUCAACGAUUAAGCUGAUCUCUGGCAUUUUGCAGCGCAGUCGUCUCUCCCACACGAUCACUAACUCAAAUUGAACUAUCGAAGACCCUGAAAGGCAGAGUCGGCUACACCCUGGAGCUCAAACCGUCUCAGAUUGCCCACCCGGAAGCCGGCCAGGGCCUCUUCCUGUCUGGAGAAACCGAAGCUGGGGCCGUCGUGGCCUUCUACCCGGGGGUGAUCUACUCCCCAGCUUACUACCGCAACAUUCCAGGGUACCCGAGGAUCGACGCCCACAACUCCUAUUUGAUCACGAGAUAUGACAGCAUCAUCAUCAACGCUCAGCCAUGGGGCCAGGGAGGUGAAUCCAGAGAAGCAUGGGACGGAGCAUUCGAGCCAGAUCACAAUGGGCCGGCCCGUUCAGAAGCUGCCCGGAUAUGGAAGAUCCUCAGCUCCCCUUCGGAGACCCGGUCGCCGACCAAUUCAGAGGUCCUGGAAAGGCGGAACCCACUUGCCUUUGGGCAUUUUGCCAACCAUCCACAGAGAGGGGAGGCCCCGAAUGUCAUGGUCUGCCCGUAUGAUUUCCCUGUGCAGGAGAAGGAGAUGAGGCCGUAUAUUCCCAACAUCCCCUUUGGGAGCGACUCCGACAUCAAGAUGAGGAGAGUUGGCAGCUUCUGGUUCAAGUCCAGAGGCUCCGGUGGAAGUGAGAUGGAUGCUCCGGCCUUGAAGACCCUGGUGCUGGUAGCGACCAGGCGGGUGGCUGAUGAGGAGCUGCUCUUGAACUACCGGUUGAGCAAUGCCAAGAGGCGGCCCUCGUGGUACUUCCCCGUGGACGAAGAGGAGGACCGCAAGAGAUGGAGUUGA